CAGCUAUCGGGAAUCGGGAAGGGAAUCACGCGCCACCCCAAUACGGAAAACACACCAGAGAAAUAGCCCAGAGCAGCCCCGCAAGAGAAGCGCAAGGAGGAGGCAGUAAGGAGUGAUUGGGGAACAGGACCAAGGGUAAGGGUGGUGUGGGAGUCACCAUGGUGAGUACCAAUCUGGUGGUGCCGGUGGUGCUGUGGGGACCCACGGCGCCCACGCACUGCAUCUCCAGUGUGUUUCUUUCGGACGACCAGUGCACCCUGGUCACCGGCUGCUACGACGGACAGAUUUGCCUCUGGCAGGUGGAGCCCAGCACACUGAAGAUGUCGCCCCGCUGCCUGCUGGUGGGCCACUCGGCUCCGGUGCUCUGCCUGGUGCGGGCCUCGCUGCUGCCCGAAAACAACUUCCUGGUGAGCUCCUCGGAGAACGGCGAGAUGUGCACCUGGGACCUCAUCGACGGCAAGUGCAUGGAGGCAGUCAAGCUGCCGCAGGUGCACACACAGAUCCAGAGCUAUCACACGGCCAAUAGCGAGGAUAUUCGUCUGUUCUGCAUCGGCUAUUACGCCGAGAUCAUGGUGAUGGACCCGUUCAGCCUGGAAGUAAUCUACGUGCUUAGCUCCAAGGUGAAGCCAGACUGGAUCUCGGCCAUCCACGUGCUCCGGCCCAUGCGGCGCAAGGACGACGUGGUCCUGGCCAUCACCACCACGGGCACAGUGAAGGUGUGGACUCUGACGGGGAACGAGAACAAGCACGCGGAGCCCAUCUACGAGAACGAGUCGAAGGAGAUCCGCUGCCUCAACGCCAUAACCAUGAACUGCUGUGCCCAGAACCAGCGCACUGUGCUCUUGGUGUGCACAAAGUACUGGCAGAUCUACGACGCCGGGGACUUCACCGUUCUCUGCUCCGUGAUCGCGCCGGCCCGCGAGCGCUGGCAGGGCGGCGACUUCAUCACAUCUGACCGCGUCAUGCUCUGGACGGACGAGGGCAAGGGCUACCUGUACAGGUUGCCCGCCAACUGCAUCCCCGACAACAAGGAGUUCCACUCGAAGAGCGUCGUCCGGGACGCCCCCUACCUGUACUACGUGCUCCAGCAUGCCGGCGACAAGGUACUCUCCUGUCCACCAGCCAUGAAACUGCUGCUGGCCGGAAGCAACGCAAUAGGCAAUGGAAAUGCCAACGGCAGUGGCGGACAGCACAACCUGCUGCGCGGCGACUCUGAGGGGUACAUCUCGGUGUGGAAUGUGCCGGAGGUACCGCUGGACAACAUCAGCAUACUGCAGGCCAAGCAGAUGCCGCCGCGCGUCCUCAAGCCACACGUGUGCACUUCUCUGGUAGAGGCCUGGUCCAUUAUGGAUCCGCCGCCCGUGGGGAUACUGGAUCAGCUGUCGAGGAUCACCGAGUCCCCGGUUAAACUCACCUCGAGCAUAUACUUGCCGCAACAGAGUCGGCUGGUCAUCGGGCGCGAGGAUGGCAGCAUUGUAAUCGUCCCCGCCACCCAGACGGUGAUGAUGCAGCUGCUGGUUGGCAUCAAGCAGAACUUCAGCGACUGGCCGUCGCACCAGAUCCUCUACGGGCACCGCGGCAGGGUGAACUGCCUGCUCUGUCCCUCCAUGAUCCACUCGCGGUACGAGAAGUCGCACCUGCUGUCCGGCGGCAUCGACUUUGCCGUCUGCCUCUGGGACCUGUACAGCGGCAGCAUGCUGCACCGCUUCUGCGUGCACGCGGGGGAGAUCACCCAGCUGCUUGUGCCGCCGGAAAGCUGCAGCCCGCGGAUCCUCAAGUGCAUCUGCUCGGUCGCCUCGGACCACUCGGUGACUCUUGUGUCCCUGCAGGAGCGCAAGUGCGUUACCCUGGCCAGUCGCCACCUGUUCCCCGUGGUGACCAUCAAGUGGCGUCCACUGGACGACUUCCUCAUCGUGGGCUGCUCGGACGGCUCCGUCUACGUGUGGCAGAUGGAAACCGGCCACCUGGACCGGGUGCUCCACGGAAUGCUGGCCGAAGAGGUGCUCUCCGCCUGCGACGAGCAGGCAGGCGAGGACGGGGUCGGUGGUGGCUCCUCGGGGGUGAGCGGCGCCUCGACCAGCGAAAUGGGGAUGGCCAAUCCGGCGGUUCACUUCUUCCGCGGCCUCAAGUCGAGGAACAUGAACGCCAUCCGCCACGCCACCCAGCGCGGGAUCACCCAGCUCCAGCAGCUGCAGGGCCACAACCAAGGGAACUUUGACUUCCUCAUGAAGCACCGCAGCAAUCCACUGGUGAUCCAGGGACUGCGCACCAACCCCAAGGACGCCGAGAGCCACAUCCUGUUUUUCGACAUCGAGGGACUGAUCUUCGAGCUGCACAGCGAGGAGUACGCCCAGAUGACGCCGGCCACCUUGGAGGCGCUGGGGGUGCACCUGCAGAACCCGAAGGAUGGCAAGUCGAUGCACCUGGACGCGAGCAAGAAGAUUGGGGACUUCUUCAACAAGGUGAAGAACAAGGCCGUCGACGUGGAGAAGAUCCUGAAGGACAAGGACAAGCACGGACUCGUCCAGAAGUUCAAGGAGAAGACGGAGAUCGUGGAGAAGAAGGUUCAGGCCAAGGUGGAGAGCUUGCAGAAGGCGGUGGAGUCGCACGAGGAGCAGCAGGACCUGAAGAGCAAGAUCGCCUCCAAGAUGGAGGUCACCCACGUGAUGGAGGUGGCCCAGCUGCUCCUCUCGCUGCUCCACUCGUGGGGCCUGGACCCGCACCUGGACAAGAUGUGUGAGACGCGGCUGGGCCUGCUCCGUCCCAUCGUGCCCAUCUCGUACGGGGUGCUCUCCAAGGCGGGCUACAUGUCCCUGUUGCUGCCCACUUGGCAGAACAACUACGACAUUCCGCCGGGCCUCCAGCUGCCCUCCAGCUCGAAGAAGCGCCCGCUUCCGGAGGAGCUGCAGCGCCUGGAGCACCUGACCGCCAUAUUCACUUCACGCCUCCACUGGGAGCUGAGCACCACGCUGACGACUAACCACAUCCUGGCGCUGGUAGCCAUGUCGAACACGCUGCUGUCGAUGAGCGCCGCCUCUUUCCUGCCGGACAGCGAGAAGCACAAGAAGCUGCAGCGCCUGGCCCAGCGGACCGACUCCACGCUGAGCAACGAGGAGGAGCGCGAGGAGAUCCUCGCCCACCACAUUUCACAGAUCAAGCAUGCCUGGAGCCUCCUGGCCACCCACCACUGCUUCCUGUUGCCCGACAAAAUCGAGGCCCUCGAGCCGAAGAAGUUCAAGCGACCCCAGGUGGAGAUGAUGGUGAAGCGAUGGCAGCACCACUGCAUCGAAAUCCGCGAGGCUGCCCAGCAGAUCCUGCUCGGGGAGCUCACCCGCAUGGGCAAGAAGGGGCGAAAGCAGCUAGUCGAAAGCUGGGCUCAGUACCUGCCCCUCUACACCCACACCGAGCCCAUCGUGGGGGCCCAGCAGCAGCUGGUGCUCCUCAGCCAGAGCUCGAGCGGAUCCCAUGCCAGCGUCGGGGCUGGAGGCGGCGGCAGCAGCAACGGCACCCACUCAAUUAGUGGCUCAGCUGCGGGUGCCGGGGCGGGAGGAAUUCCCGGCGCGGAACAGCACCAUGACGAGGACUACGAGGAGGAGGAGGAGGAGAUCAUACGCAAGCCGUCUAGUCUGUCGGAGCUGAAACGCAAGCAAACCACGGCCGUCAUCCUGCUGGGCGUGAUCGGGGCAGAGUUCGGGCAGGACAUCUCACAAGAGUCGCCCAACCACCGCGGGAGCAUCAGCCUCGCCACUGGGGCGACCGGACAGAGCGGAGAGCGCCGCAUAUCGUCCGUGGUGGAGGGCUUCGGCAUAGCCAAUAACCUGGCCAGGCUCACCUCGAUGGCCCUGGCCCACCUGCUGUAUGCGCCGCCCUCGCCCAAGCUGCCCCAGUACACGCCGCUGCGGCGAGCGGCCAUCGACCUGCUGGGCAGGGGCUUCACGGUGUGGGAGCCCUACCUGGACGUGUCCAAGGUGCUGCUCGGCCUGCUGGAGAUCUCGUGCGAGGGCAAAGCGGUGCCCAAUCUGAACUACAAGCUUCCGCUGACGCCACAGGCGGACGCCUGCCGCACGGCCCGGCAUGCCCUGCGCCUGAUAGCCACCGCCCGACCGGCGGCCUUCAUCACCACCAUGGCCCGCGAGGUGGCCAGGUACAACACGAUGCAACAGAACGCGCAGUCCAUCAACGCGCCCCUGACGCAGUCAGUCCUGUACAAGGCCAAGGGCGAGAUCCUGCAGUGCGUGGAGAUGCUGAUCGACAAGAUGCAGUCGGAGAUCGCCAGCCUGCUGGUGGAGGUCAUGGACAUCGCGCUGCACUGCGUGGACAGCAACGAGCUGAAGGUCCGCGGCCUGGCCGAGCUCUGCCCGCCGAUCUGCAAGUUCAACCAGAUCUCCCAUUGCUCUCAGACCCGCCGCAUCGCCGUCGGCGCCAACAGCGGCAACCUGGCCAUCUACGAGCUGCGUCAGAACAAGUGCCAGAUGAUCCCCGCUCACACGCACCCCAUCACCUCCCUGGCCUUUUCGCCCGACGGCAAGUAUCUCGUCUCGUACUCGUGCGCCGAGAACCGGCUCUCCUUCUGGCAGACGAGCACCGGCAUGUUCGGGCUGGGACAGUCGCAGACGCGUUGCACCAAGGGCUACUCCACGGCCCCCAUUCCGGACGUUUCGCGACUCAACCCCAUGCGGCUGGCCAAGCUUGUCUGGAUCAAUAAUCGUACGGUGACCCUCAUGUUGGCUGACGGCUCCGAGACGCGGUUCAAUGUCUAAGGACGCAAUCUCUAGGGCAGGAGGAACGAAUGUAUUUUAGCAGGCAAUCAACGCGGGCUUCAAAAGCGACGGCGAUACGAAACUACACAACAAUAAUUAUUAUGAAUGAAAACGAAGCCAAUUUAUCUAAGGAUUAUGUUUCUGCAAACGAAGCCAGGAAAGGCGCGAAAAGAAGCGGCAGCAAAAGGAAAAGCAAAAGGAUAAGGAAAAGGGAAACAAAAUCAUUGCGAUCGAUGCGACUCACAAAUUAAUUUUGUUAUUUAUUUAUAUAUCCUACAAUAUGUGUAUGUAUAUUC